AUAUAACAGUCAGUAACGAUUAGUUCACCACACUGCAUGGUACAAAACAUUCUUCCAAAAUGUUCGACAAUGAUACCAAAGAAUGUCACACUGGAGGAUCUCCAUUUAUUUGCCCAGCAGGAGGCCUGGGGAAAGCAAUUUUCGAGAACAUGAAGAAACAUGCAGCAGCUGGUCUCAUUGCUCAGAUUGAAGGUGAGACCGGAUUAGAAGAAUCUUUCGAGGUAGCUCUGAGCAAAUGUAUAAAAAUUGCGUUGUUUCUGAAACAACAAGGAAUUCAACCUGGUGACGUCAUCUCCAUGUGUUCCGAAAACACACUAAACACUUCAGCAGUUCUCUUUGCUUCACUCUUUACGGGAGUCAUUCUUGCUGCAACUGAUCCGAGGUUUUCAGCUGAUUAUACUAAAAAUAUGUUGGACAUGGUCGAACCCAAAUUAGUAUUUGUUUGUGAACAGUCUAUUGAUCUCAUUACUAAUGCAACCAAUGGUAGCAAUUACGCCACCAAGAUUGUUCCAUUGUAUGAUCACGAUUUGUUGGAAAAUGUACCGUGUAUUUUGGACAGAUACUCGAUUGAAGAUAUACAAGAUUUUCAACCAAUCUACGUGAAAGAUUUGACUACAACAGCUUCCAUGUUGUUCAGUAGUGGAUCAACAGGUUUACCGAAAGCGUCCUGUUUAAGCCACAACUCUUUGGUUACUGAUUUCGGUCUGAAUUACAGCUUAUUUACCAAAUACAAUUUACAACGUAUAAGAAUUCUUGGCUACGCUUCACUGUUUUGGAUAUCCGGCUUCAAUUAUAUUGUGACUUGUUAUUAUUUUGGUUUCACCAAAGUAUUGCUCAGGAAAUACGUGGCUGAAACAGUAUGGGAUAAUCUUCAGAAAUAUGAAGUCAACCUUUUCUUUUUGUCUCAUGUGCACGGACCUUGCAUUCAAUACCUACAACAUUCAUUGCCACAUUUAAAAGCUAUUGCAAUAUUAUCUGGAACUUUACCUUCGGUAUAUCACAAUUUGUUGAAGCAAAAAAUGCCGAGCAUUCCAAUAAUGACUGGCUACGGAAUGACGGAAAUUGGUGUUGUUGCAGUAAAUAAUGGCAGCUACGAACCUCCAAACGUAUUUUCACUGUGUCCAAAAGGUUCCGUCAUCAAAAUUGUUAAUCCAGAAAACGAAACUUCAAUGGAUCUUAACCAGAUUGGCGAGAUUCGUAUUAAAGGGGCGAAUCAAUUGAUCGGAUACUACAAGAUGGACAGCAAGGAUUGUUGGGAUGCGCAAGGCUUUUUUAAAACCGGAGAUUUGGGAUAUCUUGAUGACAACUACCGACUACACAUAGUAGAUCGCAUUAAGGAAAUGAUUAAAGUUGAUAGCUAUCGUAUAGCUACGGCACCAAUUGAAAAAGUCUUAAAAGAACACCCAGCUGUUCUGUUUCCUAUCGUUGUCGGUUUAUGCGCUGUUGGUGAACGUGACGAACGAGCUUUGGGUGUUGUUGUGCUUAAAGAUGGUUUCUCAGCGUCAGCUGAUGAAUUGCUUCAAUUUGCUAACGACAAAUUGGACGAUUUACAUAAAAUUCGUGCCGGAAUUCAAUUCAUCGCUGAAACUGACGUUCCCUAUACGGUCACGGGGAAGAUUCAUCGAAUUAAAGUGAGACAAAUGUUUAAACAUUUAGUUUAGUUAUUUAAGGAGGUACCUGAGUAAUUAUAGGUAUAAUGUUGUUCAACUUAUGGGAAUACGAGUAAGUACCUAUAAGAGAAUGAAAUAAAAUACAAUUCACAGUUUCA